AUGUAAGAAUAUCUCAAAUCAGGAAGGUCUUUGCAUUUUGCUUAAUAAUAAGAUGAAUUUCUCAAUAAAAAAUACUCGGAGUUCGAUCCAGCAUCUUUUCUCAAUAACUUUGAUGCCAUACCCGAUAAAAAUUUGAGGUUCAAAUCUGAAAGCAUUUCUCUAUUGACAAAAUAAACAGAUUAGAAAAAAGAAAUGCAAAAAAUACCUGAUACCAAAUUUCUAGUCCUCCCUAAAAUUAAUUCCAAGUUCAUUCGAGAUGAAGCUGUUGAGGAAGUGUACUUCUUACCUGAAACGAAAUAGAAAUACUCAAAAGCAAAUAGACUAAUUUUAUCUAAUAACAUCCUAUCCCCCUCUAUGUAUAGGUUUAGUAAAUCCUCCAGAAAUCUUGAUUAACUAUAGGCCAAAAAAAAAAGAGUUGAAUUCAAUACUGCUUUGGAAAUUGUGGAUUUUGAAGGAAGAGUUAGUACUGAAAUAAUAUCUCCUGAGUAAUAGGCAAUUAAAAAAUCGGCAAGAUUUUCAAGACUCAAAACUCUUGAAUGCUGA